AUUAUUGCUUGUGGGCUCUGUUGCCUAAUGUCAUAUGACCACCAUAUUUUUUGAGGAAUAUAUAUAUAUAUAUAUAUAUUAUGACCACUAAAUUUGAACGUUGAUAUCAAUGAUCCGACGAAAACAGCUUCAGUGAACAUCACCGAGGCAGAAGAUCACAGAGAGUCAUGUGGGCGAAGUUUGGAGUCCGCAAAGGUGACGAUUGCGUUGGCCUAAAAAUGAACUACAGCAGUCGAAGAGGGUAUUACUUUCCAGGAGCUAAAUUUAACGGGAAGAUUUAAGGGUUGCUGCGAAAGAGCGUAGACUCUGGCUCAUGACCUUAGGCAAUGCCUCUUGCCUGAGGCAAAGAUUCAACCUUUGCCCCAGACUUGUUAACCCAAAACGCUACCCUACGUUCUCAGAGGUCCAGAAGCUUGUUUCUCUUUUGAAAUCUUGCAAGAGAACCUCAGAAACCUCUCAAGUCCAUGGCUUUAUGGUCAAGACUGGCCUUGACCAUGUCCCCUUCACUCUGAGCAAGCUUCUUGCGUGUUCCAUCCAAGACAUGGAAUACGCAGCCUCCAUUUUCAAUUAUAUACAAAACCCCAAUUUGUACAUGUUCAAUACCAUGCUCAGAGGCUAUUCCAUUGGUGAUGACCCAAAGCAAGCUUUUGGUAUUUUCAGUCAUUUGAGGGCUCAAGGAAUUACGCUAGACCAGUUUUCUUUUAUGGCUACUCUUAAAGCCUGUGCUCGUGUAUUGGCCAUUGGAACUGGGCAAGGGAUUCAUGGGGUGGUUGUGAGGUCUGGGCAUGGGCUGUUUAUCGAUGUAAAGAAUACCCUUUUGCAUUUGUAUUGUGCUUGUGCGAGAAUUGGGGAUGCCCAUAAGAUGUUUGAUGAGUUUCCUCAAUAUGAUUUGGUUUCAUGGAACACUUUGAUGGGUGGCUAUCUUCAUAUGUCUCAGCCUACUAUUGUAUUGGAUUUGUUCUGGCAGAUGUGUAGGAGUGGUUUGAGAGGCAGUGUCGCCACAAUUUUGAGUGUUUUAUCUGCUAUUGGUGAUUUUGAGAACUUACGUGGAGGGGAAUCUCUUCAUGGACAUUGCAUUAAAGUUGGCUUUUGUUCUGACUUAAAUUUGGUUACUGCUUUGAUUGAUAUGUACGCAAAAACUGGGAAUAUUGAAUUAGGGCGUUGGGUUUUCAAUGAAGCUGCAGAAAAGGAUGUUGUUACAUGGAAUUGUAUAAUAGAUAAGUAUGCAAGAAGUGGCAUGGUAGAAAAUGCGAUAGCUCUAUUACUUGAUAUGAAACUGCAUGGAGUGAAGUCGAACUCGUCUACAUUGGCAGGAUUGCUUUCAGCUUGUGCUGCCUCUGGAGCCAUAAAUGUAGGCCGCCGCAUUAAUGACUAUGUGGAAGAGGAGGAAAUGGUGCUGGAUGCGGUUCUUGGAACAGCCUUAGUUGAUAUGUAUGCUAAAUGUGGGUUCUUAGAGAAGGCUAUUGACAUUUUUGAUAGAAUGGAGAGCAAAGAUGUGAAAUCUUGGACAGCCAUGAUUUCUGGUUAUGGCGUUCAUGGACAGGCGAGAGAUGCCAUUAAGCUAUUCUACAGGAUGGUGCAGGAGGGCUGUAGACCUAAUGAAGUCACUUUCUUGGCAAUUUUAAGUUCUUGUGGCCAUGGAGGUCUGGUGACAGAGGGCAUGAGAUGUUUUGAGAGGAUGGUUUGUGAGUAUGGCCUAUCACCAAAGGUUGAACAUUACGGAUGUAUGAUUGAUCUUUUAGGUCGUGCUGGAUUGCUGGAGGAAGCACAUAAGUUAAUCAAGAGCUUGCCCAUUAGGGGUGAUGCUACUGCAUGGCGUUCACUGCUUGCAGCUUGUAGAGUCUAUGGGAAUGUUAAAUUGGGGGAAUGUGUGAAGAGGGUGUUAGUAAACAUAUAUCAUGAACACCCCACUGAUUCAAUCCUUCUCUCUAGCACUUAUGCCAUUGCUGGCAGGUUGCCAGAAGAAAGAAGAAUGGAGGAAAUGAAGGAAGGAAAGAUAAUGAAAGAAGUGAAGUGUAAGUCAGUUGGAACAGAGGAAGAAAGGGUGACGAAGGAAGCUGGAUGUAGCAUAAUUGAGAUGGAUUCUCACUGGUGGCCUGUUGAGCACCUAGUUGGGGAAAUGAGAUCAAAUCACUGACAGGUACUCAUUCCCUGCCUAGAAGAACAUUAGCACUUUUUCCCUGUAUGACAAUUUUUUUUUGACAAACUGACCCAAUAAGAAUGCAUGUUAUUUUCUCUAGUUGGAAUAAGAGAAACGACCAUUCUAGAUCUUGCAAAUUCAAGUUCUUUUAGGUUACUAACUCUAUCCUAACACAAAGGAAAAUGAUAGGGCUAUUACAACUUAAGUAUAAACCUCUUACAAAUUAACAAGACAGUCCACAUGACACUUAUCACGUCAACCACGCUAGCCCCAGAUUCAACUACACAGCCACUUCUCCAAGAUCCACAGCUAGGCCGUGGGUCUCAAUGUUCAGAGACUACGGCUAGAGACCCAUGACCAAGCUGAAAAUGGUGCCUAAACGAAGAGGAAGAGACGAGAUAGUUGGUGUCAUCAAUGUGGAGGCAGCGAAAUAAGAGACGAGCCAAGGAGGCAGAGUGGAAACCCUAGUGCCACAUGGAUUGCCAUGGCAAGUGUAAUGUCAGUUUGUAAGGGAUUUGUAAUAAAAGUUGUAGUUGAAGACAUUUAAUUCAAUUCUUACUAUAGAUUAAAAAAGAAGUCAAGAAAUAAAAAUCUUUUAUGCUUCUCUUCA